GAAGCAAGUGUUUGCUCUGUGCUGCUGUGCUGCUGUAACAACAUUCAGUCUAAAUAUUAAGCAAGUUUGGCGCCUACUUCACAGGCAUUUUAUUAUCUUAGGGUAUAUUCAGUUUAUUUUGCAUGUCGUCGUUACAAAACUAGCUCGGGAGGUGAGCAUAACCUUGUCUGAAAAGCAUUAUAUUUGAAGAACACAAUUUGGAGCAGGAAAAAUUACGAUGCCAUCCCCGAUGGAGGGAUCUUCCAGAGAAGGUGACCUGUUUACUGUGAAACACGAGCUGAAAAAUGCCAACCUGACGGGCCAUGUAGAGAGGGUGGGAAUUGAAAAUUUUGAGCUAUUAAAGGUGCUGGGCACAGGAGCAUACGGCAAGGUGUUCCUGGUGAGGAAAGUGAGCGGUCAUGAUGCGGGGAAGCUGUACGCCAUGAAGGUUUUGAAGAAGGCCACCAUUGUACAAAAGGCAAAGACUGCUGAACACACGCGGACGGAGCGCCAAGUGCUGGAGCACAUCCGCCAGUCUCCAUUUCUCGUCACACUUCACUAUGCCUUUCAGACGGACACCAAGCUGCACCUCAUUCUCGAUUAUGUAAAUGGCGGGGAGCUCUUCACACACCUGGUGCAACGGGUGCGGUUUAAGGAGCAAGAAGUAGCCCUGUACAGUGGAGAGAUUGUGUUGGCACUGGAGCAUCUGCACAAGCUUGGGAUCGUCUACCGGGAUCUGAAGCUUGAGAAUAUUUUACUUGAUUCAAGCGGACAUAUUGUUCUCACAGAUUUUGGCCUUAGUAAAGAAUUUGAUCAGAUGGAAAGGGCCUUUUCUGUCUGUGGCACCAUUGAAUAUAUGGCUCCAGAAAUUGUGGAAGGAGGAGAGUCUGGACAUGACAAGGCGGUGGACUGGUGGAGCCUCGGCGUGUUGAUGUACGAGCUUCUGACUGGCGGAUCACCCUUCACUGUUGACGGAGAUGAGAACUCACACACAGACAUUGCCAAAAGGAUUUCAAAAAAGGAUCCUCCCUUCCCCAAAGAUAUGGGACCACUGGCCAAAGACCUCAUCCAGCGACUCCUCAUCAAAGAUCCAAAGAAGAGAUUAGGGUCAGGUCCUAAUGGAGCAGAGAAUGUAAAGAAACACCCGUUUUACCAGAAAAUUAACUGGGAAGACUUGGCAGCUAAGAAGGUGCCUGCCCCGUUCAAGCCCGUGAUUCGGGAUGAGCUGGACGUCAGCAACUUCGCAGACGAGUUCACAGAGAUGGACCCCACCUACUCCCCUGCAGCUCUGCCUCAGAACUGUGACCGCAUCUUCCAGGGCUACUCUUUCAUGGCCCCCUCCAUCCUGUUCAAGAGGAAUGUGGUGAUGGACGACACUGUCCAGCUGUGUGGUGGCUCUGAGAGGCCGGGCUCUGCUGCAGUGGCCCGCAGCGCCAUGAUGAAGGACUCACCUUUCUAUAUGAGUUAUGAGAUGGACCUGAAGGACUGCGUUCUGGGAGAGGGCAGCUUCUCCAUCUGCAGACGAUGCACACACAAGAAGACUGGACAGAAAUACGCAGUCAAGAUUGUCAGCAAGAGGAUGGAGGCACAGACUCAGCGGGAAAUAGCAGCCCUGAAGCUCUGCGAUGGCCACCCUAACAUUGUCAAGUUACAUGAAAUCUACCAUGACCAGCUCCACACAUACCUGGUUCUGGAGCUGCUCGGUGGAGGGGAGCUGCUAGAGAGAAUCCGCAGGAAGCAACAUUUCAGCGAAACAGAGGCCAGCCGCAUCAUGCGCAAACUAGUGUCCGCUGUCAGCCACAUGCACGACGUGGGAGUGGUGCACAGGGAUCUUAAACCGGAGAACCUGCUCUUCACAGACGAGAGUGAGAACUCCGAGAUAAAAAUCAUAGACUUUGGGUUUGCUCGCCUCAAACCACCAGACAAUCAGCUCCUGAAGACUCCCUGCUUCACCCUGCAGUACGCAGCACCAGAGAUACUCAAAUAUGAUGGCUACGAUGAGUCCUGUGACCUGUGGAGUCUGGGGGUCAUACUGUACACCAUGCUGUCUGGCCAGGUGCCUUUUCAGUGUCAGGAGAAAAGCCUGACUCACACCAGUGCUGAGGAAAUUAUGAUGAAAAUAAAACAGGGAGAUUUCUCUUUUGAAAGCGAGGCCUGGAGAAAUGUGUCCCAGCAGGCCAAAGACCUCAUACAAGAGCUGCUGACGGUGGACCCAAACAAGAGGAUCAAGAUGUGCGGCCUACGUUACAACGCCUGGCUCCAGGAUGACAGCCAACUUUCUUCCAACCCACUCAUGACCCCGGACAUUCUUGGCUCUUCCACCGUCUCCGUCCACACUUACGUCAAAGCUACCUUUAAUGCAUUUAACAAAUGUAAGCGGGAAGGUUUCCGCUUGCAGACAGUGGACAAGGCGCCACUUGCCAAGAGAAGGAAGAUGAAAAAGACAAGUACCAGCACAGAGACCCGCAGCAGUUCCAGUGAGAGCACCCAUUCCUCGGCCUCCUCCUCCCAGUCUCAGGAGAAGACAUUUCCAGAGGGUGACGCAAACCCGCAGCCCUCUAACAGCACGCCUCUCACCACCCCUGCCAACACACCGGUGUCCCUGGGAAUGGACUCUGCGCACCAAAAAGCGCCUCCGGCCUUUCACUUCUCAGAAGGACAGUGAGACAGCGAGAGGAAAAGGGAGAGCCAUGAACUUUGAAGGAUGGCUUGGACCAGCGUGGAGACAGCUCUCUCUCUCCUUUCUCUGCCCCUGGCAGCUCUCUGCCUCCGGUUCAGUCAAUUGCAUGGACGUCCGCACGUCUCCAAAACCAAGCAUGCACCAGGAGCAGCAACCGUCACCUCAAUAUCAAUCAAUCAGUCAUCACUAGCAAUAGCCUAUCCCUUUCUUUUUCUCUUGCUUUCACACACAGACUGUAUUAAUCAGGGACUGGACCAGGAAGAAAUUGUCAACGAUGUCCAAAAUGAAAAGGGCUGCCCUACCGCCCCAGGUCCAGACAGACAAUGGAGAGACAUCGUCAGUCUCAUUGUAAAAUUACUGCUUACUCUGUCCGCUCCAUUUACCUGUCUUUGUCCAUGCCUCCAGAGGUUUUAAAGGGAAAGUCGUAGUGUUUACAUCAUGGAUGCUUUGUAUUUUUUUGUUAAAGGAGAGAGGAAAUGCAACAUGCUUCAGCAAAUCGUGGGUCCACUUCUCUUUUCUGGGAAGUCUCUGCAAGAUGGAACGGGGUAUUUAUAUGUGAAUUUUACAGACUGAAAUGUAUUUAUGAUAAGCUAUAUUGUUAACUUAUUUAUGGUUCAGAUUGACCUGAAAAGAAAUAAUGGAUACAGUGAGUCUUUAAAAAAAAGCAAACAAAAGAAGAUAUUUUGUAUAUGUGUCUGUUUCCCUAUCAGCUCUUUAAAAAAACGACUGUUUUCAUGUAGUCAGGUGGUUGUUAAUCCCUUUUCAUAAUCAUAGAUAUCAAUGCUUCAAGUAGGUCAACGUUGUUUAGACAUUGUAAAAUUAUUAUAGGCAAAAAGAGAUUAACAUCAUUAGCCACUGGUUAAUUGUUGUGAAUCAGUUUGUCAUAUUUGUGUAGCUUAUGUUGGACUUUUUGGAAAUGUAUGUGGAGGCAGUUUAAGUUUGAACUGCAGCUGUAUCCAGUGGUCAAAAAAUUUAACUUCCUUGUUCAUAAGGAUUGAGGAAGGGAAAAAAAUGUAUGUCUUUUUUUUUUUUUUGUAGGGACAACCAAAUAUGUCCAGCCAAAUCUGUGGUUUCAUUGUUUUAUGGGGAGUUCUGCUGCCUGAAGGAAUGUGGCCCAACAAGAAGAGCUAUAUUUCAAAUGAUUUUUGCCUCUGAUGCGGAAAGUAUGAUUACUGCAAGUCUCAGUGUUGCUGAUGUGCCACGUGGUCUGAUCCUCAAGUCAGUAUUUAGCCCCGCAGUGGAUUUGCCUUGUGUAGGGAUGUAAGUUUUAAGCAGUUUCUUUAAGUGAUAGUCGGCCGUGUAAACAAUCGAUUAUCGGUUGAUUAUUAACAAUUUAUGAAACACGCUGGACGUUUUUCCAUUAUAAAACCACAUUAACCAAUGACAUGACCUAUCUUCCACAUAAAAUCAGAGUAGGCCACAUAAGUAAUUAGUUCAAAAAAGAGAUAAAGUAAACACCAAGUUACUUGAAUGAUAAAUUAACAAAAUGACAACUUAAUUUAAAAAUGCUUAUGACAGUGCUCCCACUCUAGUCCGUUGCCAUCUAUUCAACAACAACAAACCAAUGCACUGUGUUGACCAGAUCUAACAAUUAAAGGUGCAGUGUGUAGAAUUUGGUGGAAUCUAGUGGAACAGACUUAGCAGAAAUGAAAUAUGAUCUUCAUAAGAGUAUUUUUAAUUUGUGUAUAAUCACCUGAACGAAAGAAUUGUUGUGUUUCCGUUACCCUAAAACGAGCCCUUUAUAUCCACAUAGGGAGAAGGUUCUCUUCCAUGGAGCCAACUGUGUUUGUACAGUAGCCCAGAACGGACAAAACACUGUCUUUAGAGAGGACCUUUCAUAUUUUUCAUGGCUACCACAGGUUCACCUACACACUUGGAAGCAGAUGGAGAGGACUCCUAUAUGCCAUUAAAUUCAACACACUGCACCACCAGUUCAUCACUUUUAUCUUGAUUUUGUUGGAAAGGUUUAUUUAGAGUCCUGCCGUCUGACAGUCAGCGCUCAGCCUGCACUAAAUGAGCACCUUUUUUCUUCUUUGGACUGCAGGGAGGUGUGUUUCUUUUACAGUUUAUGCAGCCCUUAUGGGUGGCCAUUAAACACACCUGUCAUCCAAUCUCAUUAAAAAGUAAGAGGCUGCUUUAUAUGUUUGUUUAUAUCAUGUUCUCAAUUAAAAACACCAACAAAAAAACAAAAAAGUAAGCAGCUCCAGCUAGUGGCACAACUGUGUACUACAGCAUAUUUACACAGCAUUUUCUUAGUUACACUGAACGUCUCUGGCCUUCUGCAUCAUAGGUUAAUAUAUUUUUAAAUUAUUACAGACAAUUCAAUCUUUAAUUAUCGCAUCCCUUGUGUGUUACCAGACUUAGUUGUGACAUUAUGACUACUAUGACUGAAUUUGAGCAGAAUAUUACGAAUAUAACAUUCAUAUGAGCUUAGUGCACAUCUGUCAGGCUCAAGGUGAAUGCAUCAAGAAGUUUGAGGUUUGAGUUUUCUUAGAUACAAGAUGCCAAAUGGGAACUUAAAGUGACUUCCUUUUCAAAUAAAAAGAUAUAUAAUGAUUUCUUUUUUUUUUUAAAGGAAUGUUUCAUGUGCCAAAAUGUUUUUAAACCAGGUUUAAAGAUCAGCUUUGAGCUAUGAGUUGAGGGUGGUGUUAGACUAAAUCAUUUAAAGGCAAUAUAGCGCAAUCUGGAACAAAAAGUGAUCAAAUGUGAUUAAAGGAGUAGUCUGAGAUUUUAGGAAAUAUGCUUAUUGGCUCUCUUGAUGAGAGUUACAGGAUAAGAUUGACACCAUUCUUGUAAAAAUGUCCAACUCUAGCUGUAAAGGCAUUACCACUGAAAAAAAAUCAGACUUGUUUAAAAGUUGCCCCUGUACAAAAGUCUUAAAACUAUCAACCCUUUAUGAAAACAUCAAACUCUUGGACAUUUACCAUGUUGGACUGCAUGGCUGAAAUGGUGAUCUUUUCACUGUGUGACAGCUUCACUUUGAGGCAAAUAUCUGAUUAGUAUUAUGUCCCCAGUGCAUGAUGUGAACUGAAACAUCAACCUUUUCUUUGUUUAUGGGUUUUAAAAAAAAAUUAUUUUAUUUAAUUUUUUGUUGAGGGGUGGGGACAGGGUACUUGAUUUAAUGUGAGAUUGUUUACUUGCACAUUUUAAUAUCCCCGGUUUGAUUCGGGACUUUUAAACGUUUUACUGUCGGAGGUGUCAUGGAUGUAAACACCAAAACUCCUUUUACAAUAGCCUGAAUAUUGUCAUUUCCUGAUGUUACAAUACUGUUGUCAGCCAGGGUAGAUAGACAAGUAACGUCUCUGUUAAUUGUUUUUGGGGUUUUUUUUGGCAAGUAUGUGUUAGUCUGUUUUCAUGGUAAUAGUUGAAAUACUGUAUUCUGUUGAUAUGUACAGGGGUAUUUGUGAUCAGUAUGUGAAGCUGCCUAGAAACAGUUUUCUUUCUCCUGAUCAAUCAGGAUACAAAUUAUUAGUUGGAGUAUUGUGUGCAUUCGAACACACUCCCUCAUCUUUCUUCCAUUUUAAUGCACUCUGAAUCUGAACCAAAGCAUUAACUUCAAGGUAGCUGCUCUCAGCUGCAUGAUAUAUUUCCUUUCAUGCAAAUAUGCAAAGAAACGCUCCAUAUAUCAUCAUUCUCUGUUUGUUUUUGUUCAGCUGGUGAAAUAUGUUCCCAGCACAAGAUGAUUUAGUAACAGAGUAGUGUGUUACUACAAAGAUUCUUUAUAUCCAGUACAUUAUCAUGCUUAUAACUAUGCAUUUCUUUUUCGCUGUUGUGUUGCUUAUACCACUUCAAAAAGGCCCCGCCAAAUGGUUCCAACCAUAGUGCUUAAAAGGGCAUGAGACGGUGUACAUAUACUGUACUUUUACUCCCAUAGUACCAGCCACAAUAGAAAUAGAAAAGUAGGAUCCAUUGCUUGUAUGAAAAGCUGGAAUCCUUGGAGCUAAACACUACAAAGCUCUUGUCUAACUUAGUUCGCAUGAGUUCCCCGUUGCUGCCUCAUUAAGCCUCUCUUCUUUUGUUUGGGUGUAUUAAUAGCUCAAGUGGAGGAAGAGGAAGAGUGUCCUAUAUUGAGCUCUCCUUUGGGAGCCAGGCUCUAUUAGCUGAUGCGCUGCAGUGCUGUUUGUUCCAAAGAAAAUACCGUACUUCACUCACUGCCUCUGUGGGACCCAGCUCACUUUCUUUGUAGGGAAAAUAACAGCGUGUCACAGGAAAGGGUUGGUUUAGUACCAACAUCUCUCGGGGCUAAUUUCAAACUAGGUUUUCCCCCCUUUGAUGAGCAGCUUGUUCAGUGUGCCACUAUGAGAGAAAAGGAGAGGGAGGGAGGGAGGCCAGUUUUGAUUUGAGUUGUUGUCUUUGAUACAUUUUUUUUAAUUUUUUUUGUCGGUUCCCUGGAAUUUGAAAGUUCCUUUUCUGCCAACAGUGCAUCCUCCUUUUUUGAGUUAAGUUUGAAAGUGCCCCACCUGACGAGCUAAACCUUUGUACAUUUUUGCAAUGUUAAUUAGAGAGCUGGUAGAGUGAACUGUUUUGUAUGAAUCUGUAACUGCUGUUGUGACUUUUAGAGGGAAGAAAUCAGUCGUGCUUGUGUCAUGUAUGUGCUUAAGAGACAGUUGUGGGUGCCAAAGUUCGGAGUGACGUCAGACUUUUGCUUGAAAGCACUCUGUUUGGUGCUUUUGUGGAUGUGUUGUCUGUGAAAAUGAUAAUUUUGGACAGAUGCUGAGGUUUGUGUGGUCUUUUUGGUCAGCAGUGAUGGACAUGGAUCUGUCCAUGGUGCUGAAGUGGCCAAACAUCUGGUGGUUCUUUCUUCAGUGGCCAUGAGAUGAUUAACACAACAGGAAAGAAUCAUAAACAUGUUUUGUGACACAAGAUGAUGCCUAUUUUUGUCUUUUUCUAUAAUCUUUGUUAUUUUCUCAUGAAAUGCUGGAUAGUUUGACUCCUUCAGGCCUCUGAACAUGAUUUAUCAGGCCCUCCGUUACUGUAUUUAACCUGUAGGAUCAUAAGAAGGUCUUGCUUGAUUUGAAGGGCAUCCGAGCCAAAAAGAUAAUGAACCAUAGGAUCAGUUCACCCAAAUUACAUCAAAAACACACUUUUCCUAGAGAUUUUUGUUUUGGGGAGAUUUGGUCCAAUUAGAACUGCUCAGUUGUGUUUACAUGCACACCAGUAUCUCUGUCAUGAUCAGGUUUUUGGAGAAUAUACAGAAGAGUUUUAGAGAGUAUAAAGAAACCAGGAUCCUGUGGCAUGGAGACACCUUAGCAGGUUUGUCAAUAUUCUCUGCUGGUAGAGAAAGGAGAGGCUUAAAAGUUGAGGAAUCAAGACACAACUGGACACAGAUGAUCAGAGAGCUUGAUACUGUUAUAAUUAUGAAUAACCAGGUUUCUUGUAUUUUGUGUAAAUGCAGAUAUUCUGAAUAUGAACAAAACCGGGAUACUUGUGUGCAUGAAAACUCCGAUAUCAUGCUGUUAAGCUGUUUUUUCAGAGUUGCAGAGACAGGAUAUUUCAAAACCUGGGAAACUAAAGCUAGAAACCAGACGUUAGUGUGAAAAUAUUCGACUUCUCUUGGAAUUUGGGUGAACUGAUCCAUUAAUGAUACAUAUACAUUUGUGGGGAAAUUCUGUUCCCAGAGUGGCCGAGAGCUGGGUUAAUGCACAGAAUGACAGAGAAUGGAGACUUGAACACGUGUUCUUGAGUCAACAGGUUUAUUCAGACCAGUUUCCUUCUGUGUAAUGUUGGUUGGAUAUUCAUACUACAUGAAUACUGUUUAGUAUUUGAAGAAAUUUGAGGUAAUCUUGUGGUAAAGCCAAUCUGCCAAUCAUCAUCAUCAUCCUCAUCUCCACCGCUGGCUACUGCUUGAUUUCUGUCAAUGUUUUUCCAAUUUUCAUCGAUUCCAUCUUUGUCAUAUCGUCACUGAAGUGUGUCAAAAAGUAUUGUAGCAGUGAAUCCCUUUGAGAUUGGUCAAUAUUAAACUGUUUCAACACACGCAAUCAAGCUUUAAAGGGCAAAACUUUGCACUUGUAUGUUAUUUUAAUCAUGCAAUUGAUUUUCUUUUGUAAAGGAAAAAUGUCCUCUUUGAUUUUGUGCAGGUUCAGAUGUUCGACUUACUCAUCUAUCUGUUGUCCAGCAUUUCUAAGAUGAUAUAAUAUGAACCUCAACACCGGAUAGUACUUUCACUUAAUGCAAGGAUACACCAUGUGCAUACCUGCUUUUUUAGGGCACUGUGAACAUCAUCAUUCAGGUCUUAUAGGCACACUGUUGGUAGUGUGAGGAAAAAAAACAUUGAUUUGCUUCAAUAAAUGCUUUACUUGCUGGCUGAAUACAUCUGUACAUUUAAUAAUAUGAUACCAAUCAUUCAAGAGUCUUUUAAAAGAUCCUCGGCUUAAUUGUAUUUUCAAGUGUAUUUACGUCAUUACUGAAGAUAUUUUGUGAUACCAGGAUUUGAGUUGUGUGUAUGAGUUGUCAGAAGGACAAUAAAUGUAUGAUUC